ACCCGCGACACUUCGAGUUCUUGCUGGCCUUUUGAACCCAGAAAGGACUGAAGGAUCGCUCGGUCGAGAUGCGCUUAGCUUCUCGCGCAUUGCAAUGUAUUUCCCACCAAGGUGCCAACGCUGCGCCCCCGCUGGGGGCGGAGCGGGUCGGCGCCGGCAUCGGUCGCAUGUGCAACUUGGUCUUCGAGCGAGGUCUUGGUAGCUGGAUCUUCACCAGCGACGGGGAGAAGUAUUUGGACUUCUCCACAGGCAUCGGCGUGGCCAACCUCGGGCACUGCCACCCGCGGGUCGUAGAGGCGGUGCAGCAGCAGGUGGGAAAGCUCUGGCACGCCCAGGUGAACAUUGCGCAUCACAAGCAGAUGCUGGAUCUCACUGAGAAGCUGGAGAAGGUGACGCCAAAGGGCCUGGACUCCUUCCUCUUCGUCACCACCGGCUCCGAGGCGGUGGAGGCCGCGGUGAAGCUGGCCAGGCAUGCAACCAAGAAGCCCAACGUCAUCGUGUUUCAAGGCGGCUACCACGGCCGCACCUUGCUCACAAUGAGCAUGACCAGCAGCGGCACCAAGUACCGUGCAGGCUACGGACCGCACGCCGCAGGCGUCUUUGUGGCGCCUCACCCCUUCUUCGCCUUUCACUCACAGACUAGUCGCCCGGACGACGCGACCUGGGCCGUGGAGCAGUUGGAGCUGCUGCUCCAGCAGCAGACCGCGCCCAGCGAGACCUGCGCUGUGGUCUUGGAGCCCGUGCUCGGGGAGGGAGGCUAUGUGCCAGCAGCGCCGGGCUUGCUGAAAGGCAUCCGCGACUUCUGCGACAGGCACGGCCUGCUCUUCAUUGCGGAUGAAGUGCAGAGUGGGUUCGGGCGCACGGGCAGCUGGUUCGCAGUGGAUCACGACGAUGUCUCGCCGGACAUCCUGGUCUUUGCCAAGGGCGUGGCCUCCGGCUUGCCACUGGCGGGCCUCGCAGCGCGGAGGGAGCUCACAGCGUUGCAGCCUCCAGGAAGCCAAGGAGGCACCUAUGCGGGGAACGUGGUGGCCUGCGCUGCGGCGAAUGCCACGCUGGAGGUGAUGAGCGGCUCGGGCUUCAUGUCGGCCGUGGAGGCCCGCGGCGCGCAGCUGCGGGAGGCUUUGGAGUUGCUGCGACAGCAGCAUCCAGAGGUGAUCCGGGAGGUGCGGGGCCCUGGCUUGAUGAUCGGCCUGGAGUUUACUGACAAGGUGGGCAAAGGCUUUGCGCAGAAGGUCGGAAAGGCUUGCCUGCAGAGGGGCCUGAUCAUGCUGCCCACAGGCAUCUUCGAGACUCUGCGCAUCAUCCCGCCCCUCACGGUCUCAGCCGAGGAGUGCGAGAUGGGGGCCAAGAUCUUGAAAGAGGCCUUGGAGGCAUGCCUCUCCGAGUGAAGUCGAGUGCGAUGAGUCGGUUUGGUGCGAUGAGUGCUUGGGACGCGGCUCGUUUCCUUAUGGUUCUGCUUUUGUGGCCGACAUCCAAAGCCAGAUGUUGGGCAAGCACAGUGCUUGCUCUUCAGGCCGUUGCUUUAAGUUUAAACUGCCA